AUGCAGGAGCUUUUCAUUGGAGCUGGGGACUCCCCUGCUUCAACCACACAGUGGGCAAUGGCAGAAAUCAUCAACAACCCUAAUAUUCUUAGGAGACUCAGAGAAGAAAUCGACUUUGUGGUGGGGAAGAAAAGGGAAUUUCAGCAAGAGUGUACUAUUGGAGGGUUCUACGUAGCUAAGGGAACAACACUUGUUUUUAAUUCUUAUGCUGUGAUGAGAGAUCCUGAUUAUUGGGAAGAUCCUCAUAAGUUCAACCCAGAGAGGUUCCUAGCUUCUUCAGGAUCAUGGCAAGAGGAGGAGAGAAGAGAGCAGGCAAUGAAGCUCCUCCCUUUUGGUGGUGGAAGAAUAAGAUGUCCUGGAUCAAAUGUAGCUAUCAUUGUAGGAACCGCAAUAGGAGUGAUGGUACAAUGCUUUGACUGGAAAAUCAAAAGAGUAUAUGAGGUUAACAUGGAAGAGACUUCUGGAUUACAAUUCUUCUUGGCUUUGGCUCAUCCUCUUGAGUGCAUUCCUCUUUCUCGAACCCUAAACCCUUUACCUACCAAUCCGCAGAUUACAGAUUUGUGA